AGCCCAAAAAACUUCCGUUAGUUCAAGUGGUUAAGGCCAGAAUGGAAAUCCGUUAUAGUUGCGGGCCAAAUGAGGAAGCCCAAGUGCUAAAUGUGAUUGAUAGAGGCCCACGAUGCACUUUCUAAACUUUUUACUGGUGACUACUCACUAGUGCCCUGGUCGCUAUUUCUCAAAAGACAUCGCCACAGUGGGGAGGAGUAUCGACGGACGGAAGAGCUCGUCAAUUCAUCCACCAUCGUCGUGCGGAACAUCUCGGGAAAUUCUGCGGAGUGGCGGUAUCAAUGGCGGGAGCGAGAGGAAUUUUGCUGAAGCACCUGCGAGUGAAUGUGCAAGCGUUCCCGCAAAACCCUAAACCCAACAAUGGGCUCUUCGGUCUCUCUUUCAAUGCGAUUCUGCGCCAAUUCUCCGAGGCGGUUAGGGGCUCCUUCCUUGACAAAUCGGAGGUCACAGAUCGCGUCGUCAAUUGUGUCAAGAACCUUCAGAAGGUCGAGGCUUCCAAGGUGACAACAAAUGCUCAUUUCCAGAGUGACCUUGGCCUGGAUAGUUUAGACACAGUGGAGAUUGUGAUGGCUCUUGAAGAAGAGUUUGGAUUCGAGAUACCAGAUAAUGAAGCAGAUAAGAUCAAUUCUAUUAGCCUUGCUGUUGACUUCAUAGCCUCGCACCCUCAAGCUAAGUAGAGGAAACAAAUGAAACCAUGAAUACUCUUCACCUACGCGCGGCUAUAAUGCUCGUGGUUUUCGAACCUAUUUGUCUUUGGAGGUAGAGGGUUUUAUUCAGUCAUCUUUUCUUUUUUCUUCUUCUUAUUUCGAAGAAGAUUGCUUAGUAGUCUGGUCAGCUGUUUCUGAACUCAGGUUAAAACUCGGAUUACUUCCUGUACUUGUAAACGUCAAGUGCCGCGCUUCUUUUGGAGGAUAUGUGAUGGUGUAACUGUAAUCAGCAGAAUUACUAGUUGUUCAUUUGCCAUUUUGUAUCCUCCAUGUCAAUAAAAUUGGCGUGAAAGGCUGAUGGGUUUCCGUUAUAGCAGGCAUUGGCUUCAAAAUUUAUGUGCAUUUUAGGUAUACAAAAUAUAGGAGACCUCGUGCA